AUGCAAUUUAAGAACGUAAUUGCCGGUGCUGCCUUAGUUGGUGCUGCUUUCGCUACCACUGUGAACAACUCCACUUUGACCACUGCUACUCCAUCAGUCGGAUCCGGAUGUUCAUUCUCCAAAUUCACAGCCACUGCUUCAGCUCAAGUCGCUCAAAUUGCUGCUUGUGCCACUGCUGUCGGUGAUGUCACCAUCUACGGUGCUGCAUUCGGUAACAUUGACCUUACUGGUACCGAACAAUUCUACGGUAACUUGUUGAUUAACAAUGCUACCCAAGUUUCUGCCUUCAAUGCUCCAACUUUGGAAUUAGUCUCCGGUGAAUUAACUUUCAACGGUUCCACCAUCUUGGAAACCAUUAAUUUGGCUGUUUUAACCACCGUCGGUACUUUAACCAUUAGUGCUUGUUCUCAAUUAGAUACUCUUGACUUGACCACCGGAAUUACAUCCGCCGAUAACAUCACCAUUGCUGACACUGCCUUGACUACUUUAGAAGGUAUUAAUGUUGUCGAAUUGAAGAUUUUCAACGUUAACAACAACAAGGAUAUUACCACCAUUAACUCCGGUUUACAAUCCGUUACUGACUCUCUUGCCAUUUCUUACAAUGCCCAAGGUGUUAAUGUUACCAUGGAUGAAUUAACCAGCGCUUACGAUAUCUAUCUCCAAGAUGUUGGUUCAUUGUCAUUCUCCAACUUGACUACUAUCAACUCUUCUUUGAUUCUCGACAACUGUCAAUUUGAAUCCUUGGAAAUCAAGAACUUGACCUCUAUUGGUAACGCAUUAGCCAUUACUGAUAACUCAGUUUUGACUGACAUCAGUUUCCCAGCUUUGACUACCAUUAAGGGUGCCUUCACCAUCGAAAACGAUGACGACCUUAGUGUUGUUGAUGGUUUCCCAGUCUUAAAGAGUGUUUCCGGUUCCGUUGUCAUUGAUGGUUCUUUAGACAAUGUUACCUUCCCAGAUUUAACCAAGGUUUACGGUUCAUUCAACUUGACCUCCACUGGUGAAUUAUCUUGUUCUGAAUUCGAAAAGGAAAACAAGGACUUGACUGUCGCUGGUACUUCUAACUGUGUUGGUAAGACUGAUUCUACCAUCUCAUCUGGUACCUUGAAGUCUUCUUCUUCCGGAUCUUCAUCUGAAACUGGCUCAUCUUCCAGUGGUUCUUCUACCACCAAGAAGUCUGACGCUUCCAGUGCUGCUGUUGCUUACUUAACACCAUUCUUGGCUGCCUUCAUGGCCGUUGGUGCUGCUAUUUAUUAG